AUGACGCCCCCAGCCCAGCCGCCCAAGCGCAAGAGGGUCGACUCGCCACCGGCGGGAGCCCGUCGGCAGAAGGCCAAGCCGGCCAGGUUCUGCGCACACUGUGGCGCCACCAAAGACUCCCUGGAGGAAAACCUAGAUGGGAGCGACCUGACCACCCACGAGCAGCUGUGCCAGGGCCUCGACGACCACGGCCGUCCACUCGGCACCCCACGACACUGCCCCGAUCCCAAAUGUGAGUACGAGGGAGUCCCCAACUACACCACCGGGAAGCUGCCAAAGCCAGCGGAGAUGCUCAAGUCCCACCUCAACAAAAUCCAUGAGUUUCGUGUCAACAAUAACAACACCCUGCGGGAGGCGCGCGCCAAGCUGUGCCCCGGUGAGUCCGUCACGAUCGACAUGAGCGGCAAUUUCGGGAUCGAUUUCACAAUGAGCACCUCGCCGAAAGGGGCCGGGGCGAAGAAGAGCCGGAAAGAUCGUACCGUGGACGAGGUCAUUAAAGACAUAUUUGAGUGGUUCUGGGGCCACAAUCUGUACCCCAUGUCCUUCAACGCCCACACCUCCGACGUCAAUCAGCCGAAUGUCCUGGCGGGCAUGCUGCGGAGGCUGGCGUGCGACGAGACAAGCUUCAUGCCGGAGGAAACGAUACCACUCUGCAAGCUCGCGGUGUUGGAGGGCUCCUACGGGUCCGAGUUCGGACCGCUGGCGCACCAUUCGGUGGUGGAAGACUACAGGCUCAAAGCAACAGGGCCCAUACCGGCCGAGGUCCCGCGGGACCUCAAGAAGCUCACGGAGGGCUUCUUCGACGAGCUCGCCAGCUCCGGCCACUUCGGCGUGUUCGUGGAGAUGAUGAGCUCCAGGGACGGCAAGCCCCUCGAGCCAGCGAUCUGGAACCGAGUCGCACAGCAGUGCAGCAGGACGGGCCUGGUGCUCGUCGUCGACGAGGCCAUGACGGCGGUGAGAUGUGGCGAGGUGUUCAUGCACAAGAUGCCACAGUACAAGCAACACGCCCCCUCCAUCGUCGUCUUUGGCAAGGGCUUCCAAACCGCCGGCUGCGCGCUCUGCGCCGGCGGCGUGAGCCUCGACGGGAUCCUCGGCGGCAGCUCGGACGAGUACCUGCGCGACGCCUUUGAUCCUCGGACCUUCCACUCACGGCCGAUCCAACGGAAUCAGGCAAAGGACGUCCUCAACGUGCUGCACGAGAUCACGUUUGAGGACCUCCCGGGGCGGGCCAGGAAAAUAGGCGAGGCGAUGCGGGAGAUACUCUGCAUACUGGCCGAACUGAUGGGCGACGCGCGGGCGCGAAACCUGCGCACGCGCGACGGCCAGGGACACGAGCCCACCACCAGCGGCGUCGGCGCGAUAAUCUAUGUCACACAGGAGCUGGCCUGCGCGAUCGGUGUCGCGCCCGCCAGCACGGGCGAGACCUAUAUGCGGCUGCUGCCGUACCUGCACGAGGUCAUGACAGACAAGGAGAAGCUGCGUGAGCUCUUCGGUCCAGACUCGGCGGUGCUCCGCAAAUCCCUGGCCGUGAAGAUCGGCACGUGCGUCGUGUGCGGCCUCUCGACGACGAAGCCUCAGGCCGGAGAGGUCGGGCUGCCGGAGCAACGCCAGGGCGGGGGGAAGGCCUCGGCAGAGGGCGGCCUCGACGCGAGCUUCCGUGAUGACCCCAUGUAUACCUGCACAACGUGCUGGGUCCCCAUCUGCUGGUAG